AUGAAUUUCGACAGAAAGAAAGAUCUUGCCGAGGAGCAGCCUGCGCUCAAGAAGCUGCUGAAGAGCGGGCGCAAGCCUGCAAAGAGCUCGCUGGCGUCAAUGCAGGAGGUGUGUGUGGACAGCCCGGUAUUCAACCAGAUGAAGGCAGAAAUAAGAAGACUUUAUGGUGAAAAAGUAAACAUGGUAAAUACAAACUAUAUUGUGAAGCCGCACGAAUUUAAAUGUUUGGCAAAGUCUUUGUCCAAGGCGAUUUGGAACAACGAAAAGCCGCUGGAAACAGUGGACGACAUUAUAUACGCGGUCGACCUGCUCUGCAGCAAGCAGGCCGGCACAGCACAGGGCCUGCCCGACGAGUCCGUGCGAAAGGAGGAGCUGGCCACCUCCAUCAGAUUUGUGGCCUCGGAGCUGCGGGCCCUGGUUCCAACAGAGGGGAGCGCAGCGGCAAGCCCGAGGGCGUCUUCUCUGUCGAGCGAUCUGGGCUUUCUGGCGGAGGCCAAGGAGCUCAUAAAAAAGGGGCUGGAGAAGUCCGGGCACCCCUCUAUUGAGUCUUUGUCUGCGGAGAGAGACCGGAGCAAGGCUGUUGUUUCCAGCAUAAUGCAGGCGUUCUCGAUUUCUCCCUCUGACGACCUUCUGGGCGCGCUGAAGAACAUGCGCGCGCAGGAGGAGCGGAGGCACCGAGACCACGUAAGCAUGAAGGAAAAAAGCAUAGAGUGCCAGAAAAGACACUUUGAGGAGCUCUUGCAGAAAGCCAACGAAAAAAUCAUGCGCUUGGAAGAGAGAAACCGGGAGGUGGAGAGGCAGCUGAGCGAGAAAAAGGACAAAGACGCAGAGGUCCUGGAGCGGGGCGAUGCUCUGGAGCAGAACAUUCUGCAGAUAAAGCAGGUGCUUGCGGAAGAAGAGGACCGGAUCCAGAAGGAGCGGCAGGAGUACCGAGAAGUGAAAAAGACGCUUAUAGAGUACAACAAAAAGAUGGCCAAAAUAGUGCAGGAGCUGGUGGAGAAGAUAAAAAAAGAGCAGCGCGAGCGGGACUACUUGAUUUCUCUGCAGGAGGACGCCCAGAAAGUCGAUGGGCAGUAG